AUGACCACAGCCGUACACCCCCCACAGCCGGUUCCGUCGUCAACAACCACGUUUGCUGGAUUUUCAGAUGCUACCAUUCUUGACAAAUUCACAAGCCAACCAGUCUCGUUCACCACCAAUAUCUUGGUGGUGGGGGGCGCCUAUGCGGGACUCUCUGCAAUCAACGCAUUUGUCACUCACUUCAAGGCCAAGUCCCGGGAGUUUCCCGGAAAAUACUCCGAUAAAAACAUGGUUUCCAUCACCCUUAUCGAGCCGCGAGCUGGGCUUUUGAACGUGAUUGGAAUGCCCCGGUGCAUUGUGGACACCGAGUUCGCCCAAACGCAGUUCGUGUCAUUCGACCGCUUGAAUAACUUCAAGAUCGACCGGGUGGUACUGGCCAACGACGACGUGGUGCUGGAAUUGGCCCCACUGCCAGCCGAGACCAGCGACAACAAUCUCGCUGGUGUCAACGUUAACUACGUCCAGGGCCACGUCACGUACUUGGAUGAGACCAAGGCCCAGUAUACGCUCGUCGCCGACACUGGGGCUUCCUGUGGCCAGGCGGUAGUGGACUUUGACUAUGUGAUUUUGGCAACUGGCCGUGAUCGUAACUGGCCCACCACUCCUAAGGCCUACACUCACAAGUCAUUUCUCCGGGAAAUGGACGACUCCAUGGUCCGCAUCGAUGCUGCCAAUACCAUCUCCAUUGUGGGUGGUGGGGCGGUGGGCAUCGAGUUGGCAGGAGACUUGAAGCACUUCAGGCCCCACAAGACCAUCAACCUCAUCCACCCCCACGCAUCAAUUCCGCCCGAGCCACUCCAGGAGGAGUUCAAGCGGCUUGCCCUUGAUCUGCUCUGCCAGUCGGGUGUCAACGUGAUCCUCAACACACGGAUCGAAGCACCCAAAUCGGUAGACUUGGGAACUACCUCAGGGGAUUUAUCCACCACCAGUGGCGGCACCAUCACCUCCGACUUGAACAUCUGGUGCACGGCCCAUCGCAACAACACCUCGCUCCUCGCCGGCCACCUCAAGCAGUUUGUGACCCCCAAAAACGAUAUUCUUGUCAAUGAGUACCUACAAUUGAAAUGCGAGGAUCACAUUAUAAGCAACUUCUUUGUGCUUGGAGACUUGGUGAGCCUUGAUAUCAUCAAGAGUGCUGGAUGGGCAUGUUAUCACGGGCGUCAGGUUGCCAAUAACCUUACGAGCUUGAUCUUUGACAAUACAUUCGUCGAACCCACCCCGGCACUCGACCAAGUUCCGCGAGGAAUGGUGCUAGUGGCAGGUAAUGGAGAGUUGAUUUGCGAGCUUGGUGGGGAGGUCUCAAAAAAUGUCCCUGACUUUGUGGAGGAGUACAAGGACUACUGUUUUGGCCGACUCAGAGCUACCCUCGACGUAUAA